AUGCUAGUGUAUAUACUAUUGUUUGCGGCGGCAUUAGCCAUAUGCAUCUACUCGAUAAUAGUUUUGUUUUCGCAUAAGCCAAGGGAACCUACACCGAGUGAAUUGACUUAUACGACUAACGACUCAGCAGGUGAACAUUACAAACUACCAAGUAGGAUCAAUUCAAGCACAUCUGAAUACAAGGAUGAUGGAAUCCAAUUGAGUGUAGUUAUACCUUGCUUCAAUGAAACACAGAGAUUAGGUAAAAUGCUUAGCGAGUGUAUUGAACACUUAGACGCUAAUUACCCAUCUCAAUACGAAAUAAUUAUAGUGGAUGAUGGGUCGCUGGAUAAAAGUGACGAAUUUGCUCUUAGGAAAGCAAACGAGUUCCGUUUGAAACCACAUGUUAUGAGAGUAGUUAAAUUAUCAAAAAACCGAGGUAAAGGAGGGGCAGUGACACACGGUUUAUUGCAUUCGAGAGGCAAAUACAGCCUAUUCGCUGACGCUGACGGGGCUACGAAGUUCAGUGAUGCCGACAAGCUAGUUGCGUAUUUAAGCUCAGUGGACAACAACAAGCCAGCAAUUGCAAUAGG